AUGUUCUCGAGUCUGACCACCAAGCUUGCCCUACGGAAGGUCGGCAUCAAGAGCGACACCUUCGACAUCAACUCCUAUACAACCAACUCGUCCACAAAACCCUCAAAAUCCAGUGGCACGCAACCGGGUCUGGAUGAUGAGGAGUCCUCAGGCGGGUGGCCGCCAGCAUGGAUGAGCACACGCAAGCUGCCUCUGACAGCGCAGGCGUGGCUCUCCCCAGUACCGCCUCCGGUCCCAAUUGCUGAGAUGCCCAAGGUCGGCGAUCUGGCGCCACUGGAUCGGGAUCGAAAGAUUCAGUUCGGAGGAGGCAAGAAGGUCGUCGUGUUGUUUAUGCGAUGUGUGGGAUGCGCUUUUGCACAAAAAUCAUUCCUUGCCCUCCGCGCACUCGCAAACCGCCACCAGGGCUCGCUGCACUGUAUCGCCGUGUCACAUUCAUCGCCGGAGGCAACCCGGAAGUGGAUCGAUCUCCUCGGCGGUUCGUGGAACAUCGAGAUCAUCGUCGAUGAAGACCGAGCUCUCUAUGCAGCAUGGGGCCUAGGUCUGGGAACUGUCUGGUCUAUGUUCAACCCGACAACACAAAGAGAGGCCUGGAAGGAAAAGGGAUGGCUUGGUGAGAAGGUCGCCACCUCCAUCGCACGGACGGAGACGUGGGAUAAGCAGUUGAAAGGAGGUGCUCCUGCUCCGCCCAAAGGUGCGGCUCCCAACGGCACCAUGCCGGCAAGAAGAGGCACAGGCCAAGACAUGGCAGAUGACAUGGAGAUAGGGCCAAGUACUGCUAUGGGAAACAAGUGGCAGCAAGCCGGUCUGUUUGCCGUGGACGGCCGGGGAACCGUUGUCAGCGCUGAAAAGGCGGUUCGGGCGGAUAACUGCUUGGACAUGGAUGCUGCUGUCAGGGCUUUAGGGUUGUAA